AUGCCACGGUGGCCUACACAGCGUCUCCUCGCCACCGGCGCCUGCGCCCACGGCCAGCUCACCACUGGCGGCCUACGUGCGCCAAUCUCAUGUGCUGGAUGGGCUACCCCGCCGGGAUCCGUGUCGGCGUCGACUACAUGUCUUCAACCACCUCCAGUUCACCGUCCUCGUCGGGAUCUCGAGGCGGGGUCACCGCCGACCGAGAGGCAGGGCAACGCGCUGCUUCGACCUCGCCAAAACCACCUCACCGAUGGGGUGGGAGCCGCGUGGAGGAGAUGGUGGAGGCACGGAGGAGGUGGUGGCGAAGGUGAGGAAGAUGGCGUGGGCGCACGGAAGCUUCCUGGUGAGCCGCUGGGGAGGAAGGAAGGGGUGGAGCCGCGGGGAGGGAGACGAUGGCGGCGGCGCUGUCAUGGCAAGGUGGGUAGUGCCGGAGGGGGCAACGUGGGAUUCGGAGGAAGACACCGCAGGUGUGGGAGGGAGUGGAGGUGUGACAGGAGCAGCAAGCGCGCCAUGGAUCCGUGCCCGUUCGUGCGGGUGCUGGUCGGCAACCUCGCGCUCAGAAUGCCGGUGGCGCCGCCGGCCGCCGGGGCCGGCGCGGGCGUCCACCCGUCCACGUCGCCGUGCUACUGCAAGAUCCGGCUCGGGAAGAUGCCGGUCCAGACCGUUCCGGCGCCGCUCGUGGUCUCCGACGGCGGCGAGCAGACGCCGGCGUCCGGGGCCCUCGCCGCCGCGUUCCACCUGUCCAAGGCUGACCUGGCGUGGUUCAACGGGAAGCCGUCGCUCUUCUCGUCGCGCGGGGAGGCCAGCCUGAAGGUGUCGGUCUACGCCGGCCGGAAGGGGAGUACCUGCGGCGUCAGCUCCGGGCGGCUGCUUGGGAAGGCUACGAUCCCGCUCGACCUCAAGGGCGCCGAGGCCAAGCCCGCCGUGCUGCACAGCGGCUGGAUCUCCAUCGGGAAGCGAGCCGGGAAGGGCCGCCUCGCGGCGGCGACGGUGCUCAGCCUCACCGUCCGCGCGGAGCCGGACCCGCGAUUUGUCUUCGAGUUCGACGGCGAGCCGGAGUGCAGCCCGCCGGUGCUGCAGGUGGGCAGCACCAUGAAGCAGCCCAUGUUCACCUGCAAGUUCGGAUGCCGCAGCAACAGCGACCUGCGCAGGCCGGGGAUGCAGCCGGAGCGCGACGCCGGCGCGUCGGCCAAGGAGCGCAAGGGGUGGUCGGUGACGGUGCACGACCUGAAGGGCUCCCCCGUGGCGAUGGCGUCCAUGAUCACGCCUUUCGUGCCGUCGCCGGGCACGGACCGCGUGAGCCGCUCCAACCCGGGCGCGUGGCUCAUCCUUCGCCCCGCAGGCGACGGCGCCUGGGAGCCCUGGGCGCGCCUCGAGUGCUGGCGCGAGCGCGGCGGCGCCGGCGCGUCCGACAGCCUGGGCUACCACUUCGACCUCCUCGUCCCCGGUGCGGACCACGCCGUCGCACUCGCCGACUCCUCCAUCCCCUCAUCCAAGGGCGGCAAGUUCGCCAUCGACCUGACCGCCGCGCAGCCGCUCAGCCGGGGCGGCACGCCCGGGUGCAGCCCGAGAGGCAGCGGCGACCUAAGCAACUGGCCCCUGGGCAACUACCGCGGCUUCGUCAUGUCCGCCGCGGUGCAGGGCGAGGGCCGGUGCAGCAAGCCGACGGUCGAGGUCGGGGUGGCGCACAUCGGGUGCGCCGAGGACGCGGCGGCAUUCGUGGCCCUCGCGGCGGCCGUGGACCUGAGCAUGGACGCGUGCAGGCUCUUCUCCAACCGGCUGAGGAAAGAGCUCUCGCACCUGCGGGCCGACCUACUCCGGUGA